CAGUAGUUUGUCUCAUCUACCCAGUGACAUGAGCACAUGUUGAGUGCCCAAUUGGCCAGCCCGGUGUUGUGAAGAGUCGCACCUCUCUGAAGGAGGUAUUCAGCCGCUUCGAGGUUGUUUGUUAAGGCGGCGAAGUGAAGUGGCGAACCAUUUGCGUCGGAUAGUCGCUAGCGCCGUGAAAGGUGAUUUCAAGCAGAAGGCGCUUUCCUAGCUUCUUAAUGAGGACCUCAUGAUUGGCCGAUAUGAACUUUCAGCUCAGCUGCCGUGCAGAGUGCCCCUUACAGACAUUGGUGCCCAAGCAGGUGAGGCCUCAAAGUAAUGAUAUUUGCUGUCCUUCUCGCCCUCUCGCUUUCUCGCUUUUUCGCUUUUUCUCCUUCUCUCCUUCUCUCCCUUUCUCUCCUCGUUUCUACUUCUGGUCGUUAUUGCUCCGUCUUUCUGUUGUCCCCAAUAUUCGGGACCCGAAACCUCGCCCAACCUUUCCCGCACGUGCACAUCACAAAACCCAACGAACAACGAACAGUCGCAAUCACCGUUGGUUUGAGUCCGACACCUCAAGGUCCAAUGGCACCGACGCUCUACUACACGAGAGAUACUCCAGCCUUCGCCGGUUUCAAGCCAGAGCCUGCUGGACGAGGGACAAAGGGAAUCAUCUGGACCUGCCUCAGUACCAUUCUGCUUUCAUCCUGGAGCUCAUUCCACGGCCCGGCCUACGAUCCAAACGAGUCUUUCAAAAGCGAGGCCCGAGACUCAUACAUCGUGAGGUUUGGGGCUGCAUUUCUCUUACCUGAGCUGGUAGCAGUUAGAAGCCUCAGGACUCUUUAUAAUGCCUUGCAACUUCGGAAAACAAUACGACAAGUGGGGGGACCAGAAUUUGCCAACUUCAGCUUGACACAAGCCUUUCUUUUCAUCAAUAAAAGUGUAUAUCAAAGGCUGCCAAACUCGGAAAAGAUGGAGUUGGUGGAUGGAAAGACGCUUGUACAGCUCAUGAGCAGCAGGCACUUGCCAAUCUCAGGCCUGCCAACAGACAACGAAAUAGCCGAUAAGUCCAAACGCGACUGGACACUCAAGUCACUCUCUAUCAUUCAGACAUUGUGGUUCAUAGUCAGCGUUGUUGCCCGGCUAUCUCGAGGGUACCCUGUGUCUCUAUUCGAGGACAUCACUGUAGCCAAUGCCAUUUGUGGCGUUAUUGAGUUCGCUUGUUGGUUCCAUUGCCCUCAGGACAUCCGUCUGCCUUUUAUUGUUAAGCCAGAUAUCCCUAGGGCGGCAAACGGUCCAUCUACGGCAGCUGAAAGGGAGGAACCUGAAGAAGAAGCAACGGUUGAGGCAUUAUUACUUGUUUCCGAGGAUGCGACAAAAUAUGAAGCCUCGUCUGGACCUCAGUUGUCUGUACUCGUGGACAUAAGCACGGAUAGGCCGAACAAAGAAUUUCCAAGCAGCGAACAGCCGCCUCUUACCCAAAAGACAAUGAAGCGUCGGGUUUCAUUUGCAACUCAACCCGCCGAAUUCCGGGCGGCAUCAAAUAGUCUAUUCUCAUCCAUCUUAGCAGUCUUCUCGGUCUUAUUUGCUGGCAUUCACAUGGCUGUGUGGAACUACAGUUUCCUAUCCGUUGCAGAGGCAUGGAUUUGGCGAGGCAGUUCACUUGCGCUCAUAGUGUUGGGUCUCUGCAUAUCCUUGAUUUCCAAUCAAAUCGAUGAGAGGUCUGAGCUAGAGACGGCAUGGGACUGGAUAUUUCUCAUCAAUACCUUUUUAUAUCCCUUAGCCCGCACCAUGAUGCUGGGUGUAGCACUCGCGUCUUUUCGGAAGGUACCCGCGCGUCUGUACGAGACUCCAUCGUGGACACAAUAUUGGCCGCAUAUCUGAUGGGUUGAGGGAGACGCAGCCAGAGGUACUCGA